ACACACAUGUGUACUGUAUAGUAUAGCGUAUAUAAGAUUUGCUUAUAUAGGACACACAUGUAUUACUGUUAUCUGAUCAUAUAUCAUUUACAUGUAGGUAUAGUUGUGGUAUAUAUUGAGGGUAUUGCUAUAAUAUUUCGAUGCUUGUAUCCUCAAAAAGAAGAAUAAGAUGGAAGCACAAGCAGCAUACCUCACCUUAGAGGAAAUGGCAUCGGCUAAAACAGAAAUAAUGAAGAGUGGGCUGGUCGGAGAGACUCCAUUACUCAGCCACAUGCAGUAUCUAUUUGAUGACGUAGCAGCCAGUGGCGUCGAUCUUUAUCUUAAAUUGGAGAGCAUGCAGAACACUGGGUCUUUUAAAAUUCGUGGUGUUGUGAAUCAAAUUAGUAAAAUAAUACAGCGAAAUCGGGAGACAAAGUUGAUAACAAUGUCAGCAGGGAACUACGGACGGGCCUUUGCUUAUUUUCUUCACCAGGAAGGGCUUACCGGUUUGUGCAUCAUGCCCGAUUCUGCGCAGCAAAGUAAAGUAGAAAUCAUUAAAGGGUAUGGAAUUACGGUGGAGCAAGUGCCCGUAUCUGAAUUACAACCAGCAGUUGAUAAAUAUGUCCGGGAACAGGGAUUUCACUUUUGUCAUUCCUUUGAUGAUCGCGACCUAAUUGCCGGUUAUGGAAGCAUCGGCAUGGAGAUUUUAGAUAAAGUUCCGGAUUUGGAUAUUUUGGUCAUUUGUUGCGGUGGAGGUGGACUGUCAUCGGGUAUUUCCGCCGCCGUUCGUGCAAAGCUCGGCAUGGCGUGUAGAAUCUAUACCGUGGAGCCUGAAGGUUCUCCCACCAUGUACGAAAGUUUUAAGAGCAACAAAGCGGUGUCGAUUCCUACCGUGAAAUCUGUCGCUUCUGGGUUAUCACCCCCAUACGCCGGAAAAAUGACCUUUGACUAUUGCAGGAAAUUCCUUGAUAAAGUGAUAUUAGUUACAGAUGCUGAAAUUCUGGAUACUAUGAAAAAAAUGUUUCAUGCUGGACUAGUAGUUGAACCUUCCGGUUGUGCUGCAAUGGCCGCUCUCCUUAGCAACAAGAUCCCGGAUGUCACGGAUAAGAAAGUUGCUAUAAUUGUUUCCGGGGGAAAUAUUUCUGUUGAUGAAUUAAAAGAUUUAAUGCCUUAAUAUUAAUUCAAUUCCCAAUCCUA